CCUUAAUGGAGGAAAACAGACUUCAAACAAUCAAUAGUGUGAUUCUUUGAGGGGUGAAAUAGAAGAAGGGGUUGUUGUUGUUUUUUGUUCUUUCUUUCUUUUUUGCUGGUUAGUGUGUGAACAGGACUCCGGAUCUCGCAAUAGUAAGUGACUGAAUCGGCUUUUGAGAAUCCACAGGUUCCCUUCUUGACGCUUUAAAAAAAAGAUUUUCUGGAUGGAUUCGGAGUGAAGAACAGCGGUUGUGAUAGUGGAAACUGUCACUCUUGUAGCUUUGUCGCAUCUUGGACUUGUUUUUGUUCUCCGAGUGGAGGGAAGUUAGUUCUUUGCGUGUAGAUGGAGGCUUGUUGGAAGAUUUAGAUUUAUAGCUGAGAGCGCAACAAUAGAAAACUCAAUCCAGCAACUCCUGCUUUUUUUUUUUUUUAGGGAUUUUUUUUUUUUUUAAGCUUGAAAUCUUCUGGCAGACAUUGUGGUUUGGAUUUCCAGUCGUGAAGAGGUGAAGUUACCUGACCUCGUCUGCCGAGGAGCGGCGCUGUCCGUGGUCCUGAAGUCCUCUCAGCAACUCCGUUUUAUUCCCCCAGACCUGGUGUGAAGACAACUUGAGACAAAAGUUAAAGAGACACUCCACCUGCGGCUCCACAAAGAGCUGAAUAUGGUAACUCAGUACAGAGUUCAUCUGCAAACUUUGGUACUUGUGAUUUUUGUCGUCCACUCAAGCAGGCCAGUAUGUGUCGAUGUCCCGUCGGACACAGAAGCAGUCCUGGGGAAAGCCAUGAAGUUAACCUGCAUCUCCUGUAUGAAGAGGGAAGAGAUCAAACCAAAGACACGUGUGGAUUGGUACUACAGACCCACAACAGGAGAAAACAUCAUAUCUGGAAGAACACAUAUAUACAGAUAUGAGAAUUCAGCUGUAGUAGAUGUGGAAGGACCGUUUAAGGGCCGUCUGGCCUGGAAUGGGAGCCAAGACUUGCAAGAUGUCUCCAUCGUGAUCCUAAACGUCAACUAUAGUGACAGCGGUGUCUAUGAGUGCGAAGUCCUUCGUGAGUUUGAGUUUGGCUUCUUCACUCCCUCCUUCUCCAACAUCAAGAACAUCACGCUGAAUGUGAAAGAGAAAGCCACUGACGACGCCACAGCAAUCUACUCUGAGAUCAUGAUGUAUGUGUUGCUGGUGUUCUUGACCUUCUGGCUGCUGGUAGAAAUGGUCUACUGCUACAGGAAGAUCUCCAAGUCUGAUGAGCAGACGCAGGACACCGCGUAUUGACCUAUCAUGAAGAGAUGUCAGUGUCAUGGGUCGGAGACGGGCAUAGAUUCCACAACCUCAUCUGUGCCACUGUGGUGUCAUUACUCCCAGACAGCCGUGGGAAUCCUGCCAACUGACCUCCCCUGUGUAUCGACUGUGUCUUGUGAAGAGCCAGUCAAAAAUGUCCAAGUGCUCAAUUUUUAUCCUUGUUUUCCUUUCAUUCUUUUUUUUUUCUUUUUUCUUUUUUUAUUUAACCUUCGUGCCAGGCAUCUGAAAUCAAGUGCUUUCACAAAUACAGCAGGUUGAAGGACAAAAAUGUUAGUGUUGUGCACUUAUCAUCAGAUAAAUACAGCCACGCUUCAUUUGGACCUGCCUGUGUGUGGACUUACUAAACAUUUUCCUAGUAGUUAGUAGUGCCUCUGUGAUUUAUAUAACCUAUAUAAACAGAUAUGACCCAAACUGUCCUACUGUUGUCAAGGCUGUUAGGUACAACUUCUGUGUUGACUCUGUAGUAUUUGUUUAGUUUGUUUUGUUUUCUUACAAUUUUAUAGACCGUGCUGAGAUUUUAGAUUAUUUGUAAUAGGCAAAAGUCUUUUUAAGGAAAUUGGAUUGCACCGCUUUUAUACUGUAUGGAUGUGCAUUUAUCCCUGUUUUGCUGUAUCCAUCGAUGAAACCACAAUGUAAUGCGAUUACUGCCAACGCUGUACAAAUAUACAGAUGACACUGUAUCAAGUCACACUGUUUGAGUUGAUCUGUAUUAGGUCUUUCCUAUACUUUCCUCGGUAUAAAUCUUUAAUCCGUGUUCAGCACUGAUGUCAAAGUGCAUUCAGUAGGUUGAGUCUUACUGCAUACAGUUACUCUAAUUUAUUCUUGAAGCUUUGACUGUUGCUGAUGUUCUACAGUAGCAUUGCUAUUGAGACUAAAUGUGUGCCUCUUUCUAUAGUACAAGACUGUAGAAGUUAAUAUAUCGUGAUUCAGUCAUACCAUGCUGUCUAUUAACAGAUAUGUGUGAGUGAGCUGCUUUUGAACUAUUAAAUGCAAUGCAUUCCACA